UUAUACUCUCUUAAUGUGGGUCUGGUCACUUUCAAGUUCGAUGUCGAAGUUGUUGGUCCUCCAAUGCUCAAUACAGUCUCCGUUCCUGCUCCCCCAUCGGUUCUCAUAGUUUUGGACAAGAGCCCAGUCACUAUCGACUUUGGCUGUAUUACACUCUCUUCGAAUCUUAGGCUAUCACAAUUGCGUCUGCUGUUUUUGUUGCUAGCUGACGGCUUUGAUUUUGUCACCUUAGGAAGUGGUGCCAUCUCUUUUACUCAACUUGGUUAUAUUGUCAGAUAG